GAGCCUCCCCUCUCACCGGAUGCAGCUGGAAGCGAGGCAGCAAACCCAGAUGAAGGCACUGCAGCCGCCAUCGAGGAGGAGGUUGAGGCACCUCUGGAAGAAGAGGGCCUGGAGCCGCAGGAGCCGCCUCCAGAAGAGCUCUACGAGGAGUAUCCUCCAGAGGAGCUUCCGCCAGAGGAGCUUGCGCCAGAGGAGAUGUAUCCGGAGGAAGCUCCCCCAGAAGAGGCAGCGGAGCCUCAGGCGCUGGUGAUCCAGGUGCCGGGCAUCAGCAACCACCUUUACGAGCUUUGA